UGCAGAAUAGCCGGGACACUCUGUGCUAAAUGAUAGGAAUGUGUACAUAAUGUACAGAGGGACAGAGUGUACAUAAUGUACAGAGCUACUACUGUCCCGGCUAUUCUGCAGUUAGGCCUUCAAGUGUUUCUUUCAUCAUGCCUACGACUCAGUUGGGGGAGGGGGGAGGCGAAUACCACACUACUUAUGUUCCUCUUCUUGUUGAUGAUGGCUAAUAAAUCAGUGGGCCGAUUUCUACUCACAAACCAUGACCAGCCAGGGGCAAAGAAAGCUACGGUUCAUCACCUACUUGUCACCAUGCGAACGUGUAGAAUUCUUCCAGACCAUCAUGGAAUAUCUGGAAAAGAAGCUUUCAGUCGAGUCAUACCUUAUUUAUGAAUCAAGAUGGGAAGGACCACCAGAAGGAAGGCCGGAUCCCUUUACCUCGGAUGAAGCUGAUGUUGGGUUCAUCAACAGCUCAUCUUUUCUACGGCUUUCUCAUGAGAAGAAUCCCCAUGUGGUGCAUUUGCCUGUUGGUGCUGUUCAUGUUCAUGACAAGAAUAUUUCAAAUCAAGCUGUGUACUAUUCUGAUGUGAUAAUUCAUUCGGAUCAAGAGGAUAAAUAUGACACUUUCCAUGAUUUGAAGGGUUGUCGCUGGGCAUACACUGAUGACAAUUCUGUCAGUGGCAACCUCAGUACCCUGAGCUACUUGCGGUCAAUUGGAACCAAUGCUAACUUCUUUGGAAAUACUAUACGAGCUGGAGGCCACCUGAAGGCGAUCAAGAUGGUUUAUGAUCAUCGAGUAGAUGCCGCUGCUGUUUCAUCUGUGGCUUUGAACACAUUCCGUGCUGUGCACCCUGAGUAUUCCAAGAAGAUCCACACCCUUACUAGCUGGGGCCCUCUUCCAAUUCACCCAAUCGUGAUUAACAGCAGGAUACCUGACGAAAUGAAAAAGUCAAUAGAACAACACCUUCUCAACAUGAACAAGGACAAUCAUUGGAAAAAGAAGUUAGACAACUUUGGGGUGGUUGGCUUCAUACCUGUUAGUAGUUCCCUCUAUGACCAUGAGGUUGCUCUCAAGGACAACACAAAGAAUUUAAGUCUUGGUGCGGUCUACUACUGAAGCAUGAGAUUCUGCAUGUACAUGCAUGUAAUUUAUAGCAUUCCACAUGUUUUGCCUUAGAUGUGUAUUCAAAUUGUGAAUAUUUUUAGCUCACAUAUGGGUGACCUUAUGUCAUCUCGUUAUGUCCUGCAUACAGGGUGGCGGCGCUUGUGUUUGCUUUCGUCCAUCAAUGGUGGCACGUUGGCUCACCAUCGAGUCGAGAAAAUUGAAACCCAGUGUUGAAACUUGGAGUGUAGAUGUCUAAUGGCAACGUGGCUUGACACACAAAAAAUUGCUACAGUUUGACCUACUUUUUUGACUCCAGGCCAGCUUCGAAAAGUCUUAUCUUGUCAGUAUCAUGAAUGCUUAGUCGAUGAUUGCAAUGACCUGCCAUGAAUAUCAUACCCAGUGAUGACCAAUUUUACCUGCAGACGAGAAAUCCUUUUGUUGCACAUAGCAGCAAUAUAAAUCGCUUGCAUGUUGGGUGCUUUGAAGGAUCAUUCGGAUAUCAGUGAAUACAGUGUCUUUACCGUAUAUUUUUUUCCCUCAUAUGUAUAGGUUUAUGGAAUGUACAAUCAUGGUAGACUCAACAAUUGUUUUGGUUGCCAGAAAUGUGCAAUACAGUUAAUGUUACCCAGAGUGUACAUUUUAGAAGUAUGUAUUUAGCUUCUGAAUGAGUUUAUUUAAUUAUCAUAAAUCUAAUGUCAUAUUACAUUUUUGGUCAGUUAUGCUACAAAGGGGUGUUCAGUGUAUUUACUAAAUAUUGUUCUUAUUCUGUCACUUGAGCCUAUGGACAUGCUAGUUUACAAGCAGUUUGAGGUUGCAAUGAGUAGAGCACAGCUUUUGUUAAAUAGUGACUGACCUACUACCUAUUUCUUUCAUCUUACAUAUACCAUUCCAUUUUGUGGUUUAGAGAAACAUUUUAUAUUCGUGCAUAAUGCUUGUCAUAAUAAUACAUGGUUCUUACAACAGAACUUCUACAGAAAAUUAUCAAAAUUUACAUGUUGAUGUCGUACAUGUACCACUAUAAUUGCCCCAGAGAUUAUAGUGCUUAUAAGCUAACAUCAAGAAUUAAUAUAGACUCCAUGUAUAGUGUUUAUGCAUUGUGAAAUAAAUGACCAGUUAAACUUUUCAGGUUCAAACGUUGCAAUAUCCAUGACUUAGCAAUAAUACAUAAUUUCAGAUGAUUCACUGCAUGCAGGUGUGAUCAGACUUCCCUGUAUAAGAUUUGCUGUUGACGAAUGUACAUUCUCACAUAAAGUGUAGAAAAAACAUGGCUAUGCUUGUGAAUUUUGAUUGUCCAUAUUGUUACACGAAUUGUUGCUGACAACAUGUAUAAUAUCUGAGGUCUUGAAUCAACCAUGUAUAAGUAACAUGUAAAAGCUGUACUGUUUGUAAUGAUAUCCAGUACUACAGAAGUAAUUGUCUUGUGUGUUUGUUUUGUGGUGGAUCAUGUGAUGAAAUUGUAUAUCUAAAAGAAACCAAUUUAUAUAGUUAAUCUUGCAUCAGAAUCAACUGGACCAGGCAUCUUUUGCCCGUAAUACACCUAUCCGUUAUACACAUCAUCAAAGACUGGGAACUUAGCCCAGGGACUUGGGAGGCCUGUCUGAUAUGUGCAAGGGUGCGAUGUAAGAUUUACUUAACUUUUUGUGAGGGGUGCUUCUUUAUUAACACCAGGUUCCAGAUUUUAGACUGUGAUCAUUGUAGAUUAUUAAUAUGUCACUGCUUAGCAUUUAAUGUGCAAUUUAUCUGCAAGCUCUAUGAAAUAUAUGUGAUAA